AUGGGAGGUACAACAGUCAUCAUCCGAGACAUCAAAAACCUAUCCAGCGUAUGGAGAAACACCAGCGCCCUAAGCUAUGACCCCUUCACCUCUCGCAUGCUCAUGGCCUUUGGCAUAACACCCCACCACGUGCGAAACCUUUACAAACCAGAUCCAGCGCGUCUGCUUCCUGACGAACAGACACGCGAGCGAUCCCUGCUAUCAUGUGCCAAUCCGAAGAAGCUCUCUUACAUGCAUUUGCAGAGCCAGUGGUUCAAGACACAGCUACUGCCGGCGCAGAGCGCAUUCCGAACCUUCUUCGGCGAGGAGCUCUUCGAGAUCGAGCCGGAAUUUACCCGCAUCUACCAGCGCUGGGAAGACGCGAGCUGGAAGAUCUUCUAUAAUUUCCCCCACUUCCUCGCGCCGGGGCUGCAAGCGGAUCGCAAGCGUGUUAUCGCGGCUCUCGCUGUAUAUCUGGAUCUACCCGAAUCCAAGAGAAAGAACACUGCUUGGAUAUUCGGAGCUAUGAAUUCCGAACUGACCAAUUUGGGCUUGCCUGCCCAUGACCGCGCGGGUCUUAUCAUGAUGAUCUGUUGGGCAAUAAACAACAAUGCCCACUACAUCGCCUUCUGGAUGUUCGCACACAUUCUCACCAACCCAAUCCUAAAAGCAUCCAUUGAGAGCGAAAUAACCGCCUGCUUCCCCAGCCCAACCUCAGACCAAGGAUGCGACAUGGAGAAACUAUCCAGCGCAUGUCCCCAUCUCAAUGCCCUCUGGGCUGAAGCUCUUCGACUGUACAAUUUCUCGACGGCGGUGCGCAAAGCCGUGGAUGACUGCUCCGUCGGAACUAAGAUAAUUCACAAAGGAGACCAAGUAUUCGGUCCCGUGCGAAACUUCCACUUGGCUGAAGGUGUCUUCAGCACUGGAGCCGCUGAGUUCGACUACACCCGCUUCUUGAAGAAUCCGAAGAUCAGGCAGGCGAAGGAGUACUUCCCGUUCGGGGGUGGGCAUACGCUGUGUCCGGGGAGGUAUUUUGCUGAACGGGAGGUGUAUUUGUUGGUUGCGAUGAGUUUAAGAAGAUUCAAGAUGGAGGUCACGACUGCUGAUGGGGGCGUUGUGGAGAGCCCGAAAGUUCCACACAUUCGGAUGGAUUUGCCGUCGUUGGCGGCGGCAGCGCCGGCGGGGGAUUUGUUUGUGACCGUGAGGAGU